AUAAAAUAUUUUAAAAAUAAUGAUGCGAUUACGAUCACAGAAUGCAAGGAUAUCAAAAAAGACUGGAAGUAAGAGAAAGCAAAAAUCAGUUAAGGCAACAACAAGCAAAUCACAGAAAUUGAAUGAUAAGAGAAAGGAAGAUUUUUUACAAAACAAAUUGUUCGAUAAUAGUAUAUCUACAUUAUACAUAGGUGCUCAAACAUCCAUUUCAGGUGGUCUUUGGAAGGCUGCAAAAGAAGCUUCACAGAUAGGAGCUAAAGCAUUUGCUUUAUUUUUACGCAAUCAACGUCAGUGGAAGAUCAAACCUCUAGACGCAAAUGAAGUUGAGCGUUUCAAAUUAGCUUGUAUCGAAUAUGGCUACUCUCCUGAACAUAUCAUUCCUCAUGGAUCUUAUCUUAUGAAUUGUGGAUCUCCCAGUGACGAAAUACGCCAGAAAAGCCAUGAUUUGUUGGUAGAAGAGCUGAAGAGAACAGAGGAAUUGGAUCUUCUAUAUUUUAAUUUUCAUCCUGGAUCAACACUGGGCAAAAUUUCUGUCCAGACUUGCAUAUCUUAUAUAGCAGAUGCUAUUAACAAAGCACAUAAAUGUACAAAGUAUUCUGUGAUUUUACUGGAGAACAUGUGUUGCCAAGGCAACACAAUUGGUGGUAACUUGAAAGAACUAAGUGAUAUUAUCUCAUUAGUUAAUGACAAAUCUAGGAUAGGUGUUUGCAUUGAUACAUGCCAUGCGCAUGCCACUGGUUAUGAUCUUUCAAAACAAGAAGGUUAUAAUAAUUUGAUGAAUGAUUUGGAAAACAUAAUAGGAAUUAGGUAUGUCAAAGCCUUACAUUUGAAUGAUUCAAAAGGAUUGUGUGGUUGUCAUAGUGACAGACAUGAGAAUAUUGGUCGGGGCACAAUUGGUUUAGAUGGUUUUCGUAGAAUAAUAAAUGAUUCUAGAUUUGCUAAUGUUCCCAUGAUAAUAGAAACACCAAUGACUUUAUCUGAUGCGGAAGAAAUUAAACUUUUAUAUUCCUUGAAAAUAUGAUCUGACAAUUCAUACUUUAAUUAUGAACAUACCAUAUUGUGCGAGUUUACUUCUUCUAUCGUAGGAGAUUAUUUAACAUUAUGGAAUUUGUAUUUCAAUUCUCAAAAAUAAAAAUAUAUCUGUAAUUCUGUAACCUCAAUAGCCUAUAUCAUUUAUUUGAACUUUUAUUUAAAAUGAAAAAGUUACAAAGAAAAUAAAUGAAUUGACUCUAUUCACUGGCAAGCUCUUUUCAGUACCAAUAAUUGAAAAAUUCAGUCUCUUUUUUCAUACAAGAUUUAAUGUAUGCACGUAUAA